AUUGAGAUUUGCAUCACAACCAGUUGACCCGCUUCUCGGAAUUUCCCUGGCUGCGGGUUCAGACUCUCGGAUUGGCUAAGACCUGAGCAUGCGCAGAAGCUCCGGCAACCCAAGACGCAGAUUCCCUUCCCUUGACCACAGCUAGCGGUGCGCGGGGCCUGUGCGCACGCGCGGCGUGGCGCCUGGGUAGCUGGUUACGUUGGGAGCGCAUGGGCAGACAAACCAUACGUCGGUUUGUCCCGAUGGGCGGGCUGAGUGGGCGCCAUCUUCUCAGGGGCAGGCUGAGGGCGCUGACCGCCGUGUGGAGGCCGCUGGGUGGAGGAGCACCCAGCCCCGGCCUGUGUGUGGCCUCGGCUGCCGCGGUGUGUGCUCGCGGCCUAGUGCGAAGCAGUCCCGGGGGCGCCGAGGGGAGGAGGGGGACGGCCGGUGGUGACCGAGUCGGGAAGGACGCGGCCCUGGCGCGGCUGUCGCGAGCGCAGCCCAGCUAGAGCUCGUUCCCGCUGCAGCUUACUCCCACCCCGUCAGCCUCCAUGAGGGCGGUGCGCCUCCCAGGGGUCUCACCGUGGAGCUCGGGGGAUUGCCUAGUUAAGUUGCUUUUACAGAAUUAACAGGUCUCCAAGAAAUAAAAAGAAAAGGUCAUAAUUGCUGUGGUUUGAGCUCAGCAUGGCUGUAGUCAUCCGUUUACUGGGGCUUCCUUUUAUUGCGGGGCCAGUGGAUAUUCGUCACUUCUUCAAGGGAUUGACUAUUCCUGAUGGAGGAGUACAUAUAAUUGGAGGGAAAAUUGGGGAGGCUUUUAUUAUUUUUGCAACAGAUGAAGAUGCAAGACGUGCCAUAAGUCGUUCAGGAGGGCUUAUCAAGGAUUCAUCUGUAGAGCUUUUUCUUAGUAGCAAGGCAGAAAUGCAGAAGACCAUAGAUAUGAAAAGAACUGUUCGUGUAGGAAGAGGGCGACCAGGAUCUGGGGCAUCAGGGGUUGGCACCCUAGCUAAUUUUAUUGAGGCUAUGAAGAAAGAUGAAAGUAAUUUUGGAUAUGGCUCUUCAGUUAAUCAAGAUGCUGGGUUUCAUGCUAAUGGUACAGGACUUGAUUUAAGACCAAGAAAGACCAGGCCAUUGAAGGCUGAAAAUCCUUACCUGUUUCUACGAGGUUUGCCUUACUUAGUAAAUGAAGAUGAUGUACGUGUCUUUUUCUCUGGUUUGUGUGUGGAUGGAGUAAUUUUCUUAAAACAUCAUGAUGGCCGAAAUAAUGGUGAUGCCAUAGUAAAAUUUGCUUCAUGUAUUGAUGCUUCAGGAGGUCUUAAAUGCCAUAGAAGUUUUAUGGGUUCAAGAUUUAUAGAAGUAAUGCAGGGCUCAGAACAACAGUGGAUUGAGCUUGGUGGUAGUGCAGCUUUGGAGGGUGACAGUCCUCCUGUGAGAUCUGAAGAACGUUCUCCUCCAAGAGGAAUUAAUGAUAGACAUUUCCGAAAGCAAUCUCAUUCAAAAUCUCCUAGAAAAACACGUUCUCGAUCCCCUCUCGGAUUUUAUGUUCACUUAAAAAAUCUGUCCCUAAGUAUUAACAAAAGAGAUUUAAGAAAUUUCUUUAGAGAUACUGAUCUGAGUAAUGAACAGAUUAAGUUUUUAUAUAAAGAUGAAAGAAGAACACGAUAUGCCUUUGUGAUGUUCAAGACUCUGAAAGACUAUAAUACGGCACUGGGUUUGCAUAAAACUGUUUUACAGUAUCGUCCAGUUCUUAUUGAUCCAAUUUCUAGAAAACAAAUGCUGAGAUUCAUUGAAUGUUAUGAAAAGAAGAGACCAGGGUCAGUAGAGAAAGAAAGGCCUGGACAUGUUUCACAAAGGUACUCUCAAGAAGGCUACUCUGGCCAGAAGCUAUGCAUAUACAUAAGAAACUUUCCAUUUGAUGUUACAAAAGUUGAAGUGCAGAAGUUCUUUGCAGACUUUCCCCUUGCUGAGGAUGACAUUUAUUUGCUUUAUGAUGACAAGGGAGUUGGUUUGGGAGAAGCACUGGUGAAAUUUAAAUCAGAAGAACAAGCCCUGAAAGCUGAACGUUUGAACCGACGAAGAUUCUUAGGGACGGAGGUACUAUUAAGACUUAUAUCUGAGGUACAGAUGCAGGAGUUUGGUGUAAAUUUUUCCUUGAUGUCCACUGAGAAAAUUCAAGCUCGUUCCCAGUCACGUGACAGAGAUGAUCAUUCUCAUCUGUUUGACUCAAAAGAGCCACCAGUAUAUUCAUUUGGCUCAUCUGAGAACCUUAGAGACCAGCUAGAAGACUUGAGGCAAAUGGGUAAUUUCAAGCAAGGAUAUCUCCGGCAGUAUGACAGGCACCCUCCAGAAGACUUCCGGCACUCUCCAGAGGACUUCAGGUUCCCUCCAGAGGACUUCAGGUACUCCCCUGACCACUUCAGGCACCCUCGGGAAGAACACUUCAGGCGGCCUCUGGAGGAAGACUGGAGAAGGCCUCUUGAGGAGGCCUGGAGGUGGCUACCUGAAGGUGAUUUCAGGGAACCCCGUGAAAAAGACUUCCGGCAACCACCAGAAGAGGAUUUCAGACACCCUCGGGAGGAUGACUUCAGGCACCCUAGAGAAGAGGACUUCAGGGUGCUCCCCGAGGAGGAUUUCAGGCGUUCCCCUGAGGAGGACUUCAGACGGCCAUCUCAGGAGCAUUUCAGGCGGCAACCCCAGGAGCACUUCAGGAGGCCUCCUCUGGAGCACUUCAGGUCUCCGGAGCACUUCAGGAGGUCUCCUCUGGAGCACUUCAGGAGGCCACCCCAGGAGCACUUCAGGAGGCCACCCCAGGAGCACUUCAGGAGGCCACCCCAGGAACACUUCAGAAGGCCACCUCAGGAGCAUUUCAGGCAUUCCCGAGAGGAAGAUUUCAGGCACGUGGCAGAUGAAGACUUUAGGCACCCUCCUGAUGAGGACUUCAGGGGCUCCCAGGAAGAUGAUUUGAGUUGCCCUACUGAUGAAGAUUUCAGGCAGCCCCCUGAGGAAGACCUCAGGGAGGUUUCCGACGAAGACCUUAGACUUCCUGGCAAUUUGAGACCUGGCGAGGAUUUUAGGAGCCCACUUGAUGAUUUUAGAGGUCACCAUCCUUUUGUGAAUUUUGGUCGCCCAGAGGGUGGCAAGCUUGAUUUUGGAAAGCAGAACAUGGGAGGUUUUUCUGAGGGGAGAUUUAUGCUUGAUCCAAAAUUAAAUUGUGGUUCAGGUAGAAUAACUCCUAUUAAGAUCAUGAAUCUUCCAUUUAAAGCUAAUGUUAAUGAAAUUUUAGACUUUUUCCAUGGUUAUAGAAUCAUACCUGAUUCAAUUUCAAUACAGUAUAACGAGCAAGGAUUACCUACAGGGGAGGCUAUUGUUGCUAUAAUAAACUAUAAUGAAGCCAUGGCUGCUAUUAAAGAUCUCAAUGAUCGGCCAGUUGGCCCCCGAAAAGUUAAGCUAACCUUGCUUUAGAGGUUAUUUCUAAGUUCAUUUCCUUUCCACAGUAUUAAUGCAUUAAAAUGCAUUUUUUUAAAAAAAAGUGUUUAUUUUUAAUUAGCCAGUGAAACAUUUUAAUUUUGACCUGUGAAUAGAAAACAUGUAAAUAAUAGAAUGUGAACCUGCUUUUCUUUUGCUUGAAAUUGUCAAUUUUUUUUCUAACUUAAAAUUAUAUAUGCUUUUUUUUUUGAUAGGAAAGCAAAAACUAAUUCCCUGAAUUCAUUUAUUUUUAUUGAUGUUUUAAACUUUGAAAGUCUUGUAUAAGAUGGAGUUAUGUUUGGGGAAGGUAAAUUUUCUAUUUACUUUUAUUUAAUUCUGGAGUCAUGUCUUUUACUCAGACUGUGUAAAGAAGCAAUAGGUGACUGAUCAGGUUCGGCAUUCUUAUUGCUACCUGCUUGCAGAAUUCCCUUUUGUCUGAGAUAAGUGUGUUAUGGUCUCCUGUUAAUUACAAAUAAUUCAAUAUUAAUAGACAGUGAACUUGAAAUUUACUUGUAAAAGGCUUAGGAAAGUCUUAAAAUUUCCAUGUUCAUAACUGCGAAGUUUUAUAAAAAUAAAAUUGCAACUGAAAUAGACUAACUUGUAUUUGUUUAACAAGAACAAACCAAAAAAAAAAAAAAUACAGCUGGAUAUUUUAUGCUUUUUCAAAAGCUACAUUAAAUUAUAUGAUGAGAGGGACCAAAUAUUGGGUACUAAUACUGUAUAGUUCUUUAACAUCUUUCACCAGUUCUGGGAAAUCAUAAUUGUAUUGGUAAGAUAAACACCAGUUGUUCAGAAGAAAGUAAAAUAAUUUUUUGUAGGUACAGGACCUGGGAAGAAUAUGACAAAUGAAUAUAUUUUUUCUAGGAAGAGUUUACUGAGGAUUCAUACUAACUUGUAUGUUACUAGGUUCUCUUUUUAGCUUCAAAACUUUGUAUUCAUUGACACUAAAAGAUUUCUGAGUCUGAAUUUUGACUUCUUUGCUAUUCAAUGUUUAGAUAUUUUGCCAAUACUACAUUAGAUUUUCUUUACAACAAUAUAAAUAGCUGACAGUGGGCGCUUAUAUGUUAAGCACUAAGUGCUUUAUAUGCAUUAUCUAUUUCACAAAUGAGAUAAUGAAUUUAGAGAAGUAAAUCAAGUUGCCUGAAGUCACAGUAAAUUAGCGAGCCAAUUUCAACCCUAACAGACCUUUGACUACAGUCCAUUUUCACAAAUACUUUUGCUGUCACUUUGUUGCAUGGUAUUUUUAAUUUUAGUAAGACCAUGCUAAAAAUAUUUUUAGAGGUAUAUAUUUUCUUUCCCCUGUUUGCUCUUAAAAUUGCAUUUAAAGAUAAAACGGGUGCUUAAACAUUUACUAAAAGUGACUAUAGAUCUAGGAUUUCUCUUGGAAUAAUAUAUAUUGGCUAAUUCAAAAUGAUUUUGUAUGUGAUUUGAUUCUGGCAUUUUAUAGUUAAUGUGAAACAUGAAGUUAAUUUUUCUUCCCUAAUCCAGACAUUUUCCACACUGAGUAAAUGAGAAUAAAAUUGAAUAAAAGAAUUUUAAGUUUCAGUGAUUUAAAGAGAUCUAAGAGAAACCUGUGUAAAUUUUUGUGUUUGUUUUUAGUAUUGAAUAUCCUACUUAAUAGGAUUAGUAAAUUUUAUUGAAAAAAGCACCACAGUAUGGGUCUUAAAACUAUUAAGGUUUUGUAGAUAGAAUGAUAAAUUUCAGAAUAAUAAGCCAAGUACAGUGAACAAAUUGGUAUUAAUGGCUUAAAGAUACAUAGUUCUUCCCAAGGCAUGGAUGGGAGACUUUCACUUUUCAGAUGCACAAAUAGUGAUAAAACUAAGAUGAAGCUUAUCGAAUAUGUGAUUGCUUCUUAAAUUAGAUUGGGUGGGAUUCGGGGGGAGGGGGUAAAGACUAGCUGGUAAACACAAGCAUUAUGUCUUGAUUUUAAAAUUAUGUGCUAUGAUGUUUUUAUUUUACCUCAUAUUGGGUUUACUAUAUACAUGUGUUUUUGAGCAUGUUAUGUGGGUAUGUGUGCAUGUUUGUGGAGGCCAGAGUUGACUUUUAAGGGUCUCCCUCAAUCACUUCACCUUACUUUGUGAGGCAGUCACUGAAACUGGAGAUCACCAGUUGGUUAGACUGACUGGCCAGCAGGCCUCAAGGUUCUUCCUGUCUCUGCCUCCUCAGCACUUUCUACGCAGGUGCUGGGGAAUCCAAACUCAGGUCCUUAUGGUUGCACAGAAAGCACUUUAUGACUGAGCCAUUGUCUCAACCCCAGGCUUAUUAUUUUUUUUAACCAAAUUUAAAAACUUUAGUGUAGAAAACUUUUUCAGUAGUUUGGGUGCUGAUUUUGCACAUCUUUCCAAUUCUGCCUUCAGUGGAUACAACAAAUUGGACACUGUAGUAGUAUUUGUAACUUGGAAACUGGUAACUGCAACCAAUCAUGUCAGUCCCCUUUUGUCAACCCUAGGGAAUGAGUUGACCAGUAAGUACACCACUGUUUCACACACUAAAGAGUAGUCUUAAAAGUUUUAUGUUCUCAUCUCCCUGCUUCAGUAACUGUCAUGGCCUAUUUUCCUUCUAUACCUACUUAGAAUAGAAUGUAUUGGCUCUUAUCUGACACACAAUGUCAUUUUGUUUCCAAGUCAAACUUUUUGGUCUAGAAAUGUAUAUGAAAAAAUACUAAAUCAUGUCUAGAAAGUAAAAUUAAUCCUGUAAGAUAAAUUUUUAUUUAUUCCUACUUUGGAGAUUAGGGAUGGAGACCCACAGGCCAACUAACUUGUUGGGCUGGUUGCCUGGUUUUGUUUUUUUGUAGGGGUGUGUAUGUUCAUACUGGGUUUCCUUUUUUUUUUUUUUUUUUUUUUUUUUUGAGGCCCAGAGCCUCAUUGAGCAUUCUAGGCCAGCAUUGUAACACCAGGCUAUAUAUCCCAGCCCAGUUUUCAUUCUUAAAUUUGGUUACAUCAUAACUGGUUAAUAGCUCUGAUGUUGCCUUUCAUCUACAAAAUGUAAAAUAUUUAUCUUUGGUUAUUUUAAGAGUAAUUAUGCAAACUUAAGUCUGAUGUAAUGAAACUUAAAUUUUGUAUUGAAUGUAUUCUUGUUGAUAGUAUUCCUUUUAAAGAUGUAAGUCAUUUUUGUUUUCAUCUUUUUUUUUUUUUUUUGACAGAGUCUCAUGUAGCCCAUGCUAAUCUAGAACACAGUGACCUUAAAAAACGGUUCCUCCUUACCUCCACCAUCCAAGUACCACCACACCUGACUAUUCUUUGAAGAAGAGCAAAUGUUUUAUUCCGGAAUUGUUUGCUUUAUUAGUAGUACUAACUUUACAGAUGAGGCAGUUGAUGCUCCAGAGAAGUUACCAUUUAUUGAGCAACAACAGAAAUACCAUAGCCUCCUUUCCCCGCUCUCAACUAUUUAACACCAGAUUUGACCAAGAAAGUAAGAAUACAGUGAUAACAUCAACUUUCUUAGCAUGUACUUAGGACUUUAAGGUGUUGAGUAGUUUAACUUUGAAAAUACCAAAUAAUAUGAUCAGUUGUCUUCUCAGGAAGUAGUACUUUGUUA